AUGGAUGGCGAGCAUUUAGAUGACGACUAUGUUCUGGCCCUACAGCUUCAGGAACAGUUCGACAAUGAACUGAGCGAUGCCGAGGUUGAAUAUAGUGGAGGGCCGGUUGUCCCCUGGAAGCCUGAGAGACCGCUGUCCAUCGUGGACGCGUCGUGGGAGACGUUGGACCCCACCCCUGACGUGCGUGCAAUGUUCCUGGAGUUCAACAACAGGUUUUUUUGGGGCAAACUGAGCGGUGUGGAGGUCAAGUGGAGCCCUAGGAUGACACUCUGUGCUGGCGUGUGUUCGUACGAGGGUCGCGGUGGACUUUGCUCCAUCAGACUCAGCGAGCCUCUGCUCAAACUCAGACCCCGGAAAGACUUGGUGGAGACACUCCUUCACGAGAUGAUCCACGCGUUGCUUUUCGUGACGCAGAACGACCGAGACCGUGACGGGCACGGGCCGGAGUUCUGCAAGCACAUGAACCGCAUCAAUAAGGACAGCGGCACCAACAUCACAAUUUACCACGACUUCAACGACGAGGUGGACGUGUACCGCCAGCACUGGUGGCGCUGCGACGGGCCUUGCCAGAAUCGCAAGCCCUACUUCGGAUAUGUCAAGAGGGCCAUGAAUCGGGCCCCUUCGUCGCUGGACCCCUGGUGGGGGGACCAUCAGAGGACGUGCGGGGGAACCUACACCAAAGUGAAGGAGCCGGAGGGAUAUGGUCAAAAGGGAAAGAAGAAGAGGGAGGCAAAAACAGGCGGGAAGUUGGCCACCAUGGAAAAACCUGCCGGAUCUCGCGACAUCCGUGACGUCAUCGCAUUCAGCGGCAAAGGUUUCGUCCUGGGCAGGAAUCCGAUGACAUCCCCUAGCCCCGCCUCCUCAUCAGUCAGUAAACCCGUCACGUCUUCUCCUCCGUCUCGAGUCUUCCCAGCUAUUGGAUCGCCGACACCCGCCAAAAAGUCGGUCGGUAACACCAAAUUCUUUGUCAACAUUAAUGGAUCACCGGUUAGGCUCCCAGAUCUUGGCGUUAGUGGUCGUGGCAGUAGCAUUAGCGUCGGAUCUGGCAAGCAGGAAGAUUCCAAAAAACUAAAGCAAACGUUGCUCGAUUCCUUGUUCAACAAGUCACCAAGCAAAUUGAUCAUCUCGGAUUCAUCUAGUGAAUCAAAUUCCCCGAUUUGGAUCGACCAAACUCCGUCCACGUCUAGUCAACACAGUAACGAUAAGCUAACGACAUGGAAGAAGCGACCUCUGGAUGAAACUGCUAGCGUUUACGAUCUCUUUAACAAGAAGCUGAAAGUGGAAUCCAAACAAGAUGAAGAAUCGACAGCAAGAAGUAGCGCCACCAGCGUUUCAGAACCUUCUUCUUCGUCUUCCAUGAUCAGGAUGGUCAACUGUCCCAUUUGUCAAGCUAGCGUGCAGGAAUCGAAGAUCAACGAGCAUCUGGACAUUUGCCUUUGCUAA